CCCGCUGCCCGUCGAAGUAACACCUCCGCUCGUGCUCUCCGUGGACCGAGGAUGUCGAGCUUCGUGGAGCAAGUAGGGUCGUUUUUCUAUAUCAUUAACCCGAACACCACGACCUUCGAGCACGUGGAGGAAGUCCCGAAUUAUGUCAAUGACGCUGUUCCGGUGUUCAUAUCCUUUCUGGUCCUCGAACUUCUAGUAGGAUUCGCUACAGGGAAGAAAAUAGCGAGGUUUAACGAUGGAAUCACCUCGUUGGGCCAUGGCCUCGUUUACGAAGCGUGCAAUGUGGGCCGCCCACCAAGUCCACCACUCCUCCGAGGACUACACCCUCCCGACCGGCCUCCGCCUCUCCAUGUUCCAGCGCCUCACCUACUUCGGCUUCUACCAGCCCCUCGCCCUUCUCGGCCUCCCGGUCACCUCCGUCAUGGUCCACCUCGGCCUCAACUACCUCUUCCAGUUCUGGGUCCACAACGAGGCCGUGAGGAAGAUGGGGCCCCUGGAGUGGGUCUUCAACACGCCGUCGCACCACCGCGUGCAUCACGGAGCGAACAAGUGGUGUCUGGACAAGAACUACGGCAGCCUCCUCAUCGUCUGGGACAGACUCUUCGGCACUUUCCAGGAGGAGAGAGACGACGAGGAGAUCGUCUACGGGCUCGUGGAACAACCGCAGUUCCUGAACGGCGUCUGGCACGAGCUCUUCUACCUCGAGAAGAUCUACGAGAAGGCGCGGGGCAUGAGCAGCUGGAGCGACUCCCUGAGGGCGGUGUUCUACGGGCCCGGCUGGGUCCCCGGGGCGCCUCGCCUGGGGGACCCCGACGCCUUCCCGGACGUCAAGGCCCCCCGAGCCAAGUACGACCCCCAGAUGCCGGUGUGGUUCAUGGUUUACACGGCCCUGCACUUUACUCUGGCCUUCGGGGCUCAGCAGAUCAUGCUCGUCCAUCUGAAGGUAUCCCCCUGGCACACGGCCGCCCUCUUCCUCGCCUUCAUCCUCCUCACCAUGGGCGUGCUGGGCUCCAUGUUCGACGGGUGGCGAUGGGCGCCGCUGCUGGAGGCCGCCCGCUGCGCCGCCUUCCUGCUCUACUCCCGCGCGACGCCCAUCACCAGCUCCCCGCAGUUGGACGCCGCCCUCUACUUCCUCUUCUCCAUGAGCACCUUCUUCUGGACCGUCUUGAGCCUCAGGACCCUCCGCGCGCCGCUCAAGAUUGUCAAGGAGGACUGACGUGUUGAUUGACGUGUUGACUGACGUGCUGACUGGCGUAUUGGCUGGCGUGCUGACUGAUGUAUUGACUGUUGUAUUG